CUAUCUUUAGACUUACAUUUAAUUCAGGUUCCCUUAAUUCAGGUUCUCUUAAUCCAGGUUCCCUUAAUCCAGGUUCUCUUAAUCCAAGAUCCCUUCAUCCAGAUUGGAGGGAGUGUGACUCGUACUUGGAGCAGGGUGAGACCACAGUCUCCAUGGUAACGCUCAGCGAGGGCACUGUGCUGUAUUGCAGCCUCAUGCACCAGGGGGAAGAGGAAAUAGGUGAUGAUGUCAUCAGACGUCAUUACACUCCGCCCACCGCGCUGCAUCCUCUGAAGGCGGGUCCUGGCCUGUACUGCUGCCUGUCCGCCAGGAGGCAGCCUAGAGCGCAGAGUGUUCACAGUCUGAAAACAAGAAGAUCACAGGAGGAGAAGAAGGAGAGGACGGAGACGAUGGGAGCACAGGACAAGGAGAAGAAGAGUGAGGAGGAAGAGGAGGAAGGGGAGGCCGCUCCUCCUGCAGCCGGGAAGAAAGAGAAAAGCUCAAAGGAAGUUUAUUUCUCGGUUCUGCCGGAUCGAUACGAGCCGCUGAUCGAGGAGGAAGAGGAGGAGACGGCAGAGGUGAGGAGGAGGAGGAAGGAGGAGAAGAAGAGGAGGAAGAAGAGGAAGUACAAGAAGUACAGGAAGAACGUCGGGAGGACGAUCCGCUUCACGCUGCGAUGUCUCAUGCUCGGAUUACAGAACAUGGCGUCCGUCUACGUGUCGCCGGUCUCCGCGGCGACCGCCGUGGUGACGGAGGUAAACCAGAGAACGUGAACACUUGUUAAUCCCGUCAGAAGAAGAUAAUCUGAGGAGGACGACGACGUGGAAUUCAUGUUUGAUGACUUCAUCGUGUAAAUACUUUGUUUUGAUUAAAUCUGAAUGAACUUUAA